AUGGGAGAUGAAGUUGAGACGAGUCUGCUGGAUCAGGGCGGGGAGAAGUUGAGGUGCCUGGAGAUCGUCCUCAGGAUCUGCGCCCCGCCGCUCUCCAUCGCCGCCUUGCUGCUGAUCGUCGGCAACAAGCAGGUGAACGACACCUAUGGAAGAUUGGAAUACACGGACCUGACCGGGCUCAAGUAAGUGCAGGAUCUUCCGCGAUUUCCUGCAGCGCUGAUUCUCGCCGCCAUUCUGACCAGCGAUCUCCCCCCUCCAGGUACCUGGUUUGGGCGAACGCCAUCUCCGCCGGAUACACCAUCCUCGCCUUCGCCGCGUCGACCCUCUGGUGGCCGAUCACCCCCUGGAUCUUCUUCGCCUCGGACCAGGUCCCGCCUCCUCCCUCAGAUCCCCCGGUCCUUCUCUCUUCCCUGACCUUCACUCAGCUCGCUCCCCGUUCUCCCUCCCUCCUAUGAGCUCAGAUUGCCGCCUACCUCCUGGUCACGUCGGGAUCGGCCGUCGGAGAGGUCCUCUACCUCGCAUACAGGGGGGACAGAGGGAUUGCAUGGAGCGCCGCAUGCGACUACUAUGGCUCGUUCUGCCGGCGCACGGUGGUCUCCCUCGCGCUGCAUUUCCUCGCCUCCGUCUGCUUCGUCGUUCUCAGCUUGCUCUCCGCGUACAGGCUCUUCAACAGGUUCGACCCCCCUCCUCCGCCAUUGCCGUCUUCCUCCAAGGAGGUCUCCGGGGAGGGGAACUAA